AUGGUCAAAUAUAACAUCUGCACUGCGUUAGCUGCUGUGCUCCUCAUCUGGGUGUGCGUCGUAAGUGCGGCUCCACAUCACCAGCGCGACUAUGGUGUCGAGAAAGCACAUGAUUCUCGCGCUGCCCGGCAAGCGGAACAGGAUCCAGAAUCAUCCAACGAGGACAGCUUAGAGGAUGACAGCAGCGAGGAUCAAGCGGCAGCCGAACAUGCAGCAGCCGUUGCUGCUGCCCAAGAAUCACAGCAGGGCUCCGAUGAAGGAGACGACGACGAUGAUGACGAUCUGUUGAGGAGGCGGCGACGUGAGACCGACACUGGUGCCAAGGAACAAGAGUCGGAGCAGCACCUAGAGCAGGAUAAGCUUUCUGAACCACAGCCUGUCACGGAAACCACAGCUGCCGAAGAGCCCACUGAGAAAAUUUCUGGGGAGCAAGCAACUACCACGACCACUGCACCUCCAGCAACACGCAAGCCCGUGCUGGUGCUAAUCCGCGAUGCACUUAAAAAGGUCACGACGGAGCUACCUACGGAACAGGUGGCCAACAACGCCCUGCAAUAUUUCCAGCUGUUUGAACACUUCAUACAGCAAACCAUCGAGCAGGUCAUAGGCGACGACGACGAUGAUGACGACGACGCGGUACCUGCUGCGGUGACUGCAUUGAGUGGCAUCGAUUUGGCCGGUGACGACAAGAAACCGGAGGUGGCUGAGAACCCACAGCCAUCAGAGGCCCUGGCAGCAACAGAACAGGUGCCAGAGGUGACAGAAUCAGCUCAGUCUGUUGAGCAGCCGGUCACAAAGGACUUAAUUGAAAACAGCCCCGAGCCACCGACUCCAGGCGAGGCCAGCAAUGUGGUUUGA